AUGUACUUUCCAUCCAAAGUGUUGUCAAUUCUUGCUACUUUGGCUGUGUUACGAGACGGCAAUUCAGCAUGGACACAGGCGAGGAUCUACAGGGAGAAGCUCGUUGGCGAGCACAAGGAGGCGGUUGAUGGUGACGAGCAGGAGGCAGCGGUCGAAUCUGUUCCCAGCAUCAGCGGAGAAGAAGAGCUGCGGGCGAGCGCGACGUCGCGGACGCCGUGGCAGGAGAUGUACUUCAUGCAAGUCUCGCUGAUGGGCUUCAAGUCGAUGGACGGGGAUCGGGGGGAGGAGGAGGAGGAGGAGGAGGAGGUGACCAUGGGAGAGGAGGCGCUGCAGGGUGUCGUGAACGGGCAAUUCAUCUCCGCUCAGCAGGACGGGUUUCCCAUAGUGACCAACGUGUCGGGAUACCCUGAGGCCAGAUCGAAGAUGGAAGUCAGAGAGGGAGAGGACAAGAGCUUUCGAGUGCUCGUGGCCAAGAAGAGCGACAAGGGAGCUCUCAGUGUCGGCAUCAUCGUCAAGGACUCGCUCCCACUCGGAAGCUGCUGGUCAACGAUGCCUGAGGCUACAGGGCGAGUGUUCUACCUUAACAGCAGGAGAGGAAAUCUGUUCAGCGGGCAAGAGAUGCUCUUCUUCUACCACUACGACGACGACCCGGCAGCCUCCGGCGGGCAGAUGGAGGCGUCGAGCAAGGUGCCAACCAACACUCUCAAUCAUCACGGGGAGGACUUUGUGGUGCAAGAAGGAGACGUUUUUGUGGACCUCAAGAGCGAGGAAGGGAGCCUCCUGUUUGCCGUCAAUGGACUUCGCAUGCCACACCCGAUUGUUGGGAUGCGCAGGGCGCUAGUCAACGCUGCGGGGAAGGAGGAGGAGGAGGAGGUUGACGACGAGGAAGAGCCUCUGCCGGAUAGAAACCACCAGACAUCAGAGAGCAGCUUCCAGCUUGUAGUUCAAAUGUCUUCUGCUGGAGACAUCGUGCGUUUGUUGGGUGAGUGA